ACCGCGCGCUCCGCACGUAUCACGCAUCGCUCGCUCGCUGUCCGGCGGAGGUGGACUCUAUCACGCGGACUUAAAGUCUAUACUGCAGUGCUGUGUUGUGGAUACACUGUGUUGUGAUUGUGCAUUCUAAUUGGGAUUUUUUAUUCAUUUUCAAUUCCACGCCGAAAACUUGCAAUCCGAUAACAUCCAUUAAAAACAAUGGGCUAGUGUUACCAUUGUAACUCGCAAAAUGAACGAGAGUCGAGAGCGAAUCCGGCGCGAAAGAGAGCGGGAGAAGAAUACGUAUACCUCUCCUCGUCUCGCACUACGCCGCGUGUUGCUAUUGGCCGAGGGAAGACAGUUCCGGGAAGCCGCCGCCGUUUUGUCCCGAUUGGGCCCUGGAGUGCUGCAGAGCGUGGCGGCGGAGUUACCAAUAGAUUUGCUGGUGGAAGCAUUGCCGCAUUCCGCUCAUCUUAUUGAAACACUUCUAAACAGAUUAAUAUCAUUGGAAGUCACACCCCGGCCUGAAGUGCAAUGCGAGACGGUGGCAUGGAGGCUGGUGGGCUUGCUCGGCAGCGACCAGGGGUCUGGACUCCGCGCGAGGACCGCCCGGCUGGCGGGCGCGCUGGUACACUACACGCCCGACACCAGAGACGCCAUCGACGCCAGGAGGAGACAGCUCGACGCUGCUGUGCAGGGUCUGGGCACUCACGGCCUCACGGCGGACGCGUCCGGCACCCUCAUAUCCCUGCACGUGGCGAUGAAGAAUGAGCUCCAGCGCCACGUGGACGUUUACAAGCAGGCGCUGCACAAGUUGGAGGAACUGUCUACAGUGACAGUGAACCAAGACCCAGCAUCCUCAUCCCAUCAGCGUCUUCUGGCCCUCUCCCACGCGGACGUUGAGAGAAGGCUGAUCGACAACAAGUCUCUGCUGACGAUAGUGGACAAGCCAGCUUUGAGGCAGCUUCCCACGCUGGUGUCAUCGCUCGCGGCCAGGGUCGAGAGCGACAAAGCUGUGCUGGCGUGUGUUGGUCAGAUCAAGAGGAGUGACCCUACGCUGGAUUUAAGUGAUACGAGACCAGUCGCAGGUGUGCUGAUGAGCUACUCCCGAGGAUGUGCAGCAGUCCUCACUCAGAUGUCGGAGGGUGAUAGCGUAGGACAAACUCCAACUGCGCCCCGUUCACCGACAGACUCUGCCAGUGACGGCUACCAUUCGGAUAGCGAUGAUUCUCAUCAGCAUCCUGACAGAAGUAAGCUGGUGUCCCAGUACGCGGCGGUGUGGGCUCGUGCUGCAGACGAGGCCUUGCCGGCUCUCUCAGCGUUGGAGCCACUGCGGCAAACCCCGCACCUCAAAUACAAGAUCGUCUUCUCUAUUGUUGUUCUGUCGUUCCGCGCUGCAAUCAGCCUGCGCGACCGGCGACUGAGCGAAGUGAAGGCGCUGCUGGGCGCCGGCGACGGCGACUCGGCCGCCAGCGACGCGGCCGUGGCGCGCCUGCUGGCCGCCGCCACGCGCCUGCUGCGAGACACGGCGCACAGCUUCCCGCUCGGGGAAGCGGAGCGCACCGUUAUCAAUCAGGUGUUGAGCACGCUGCGCGAGUACCCGUGCCUGGGCGGCUGCGGCGCGCUGCACGCGCUGGUGGCGGCCGCGUGCCGCGCCGCGUGGGCCGUCAGCCUGCACUCGCCGCCGCUGCGCAUAGACACCGACUUCACGCCAGUGGUGAUGAACCCCGAGAAGCAUGUUCGUUUCACCCUCGGCGAUGGGCGCGAGCGACGCUCGGACCUGAUCAAGUCGUUCGUGUGGCCAGCCCUGAUGGACGGCAACCGCUGCGUGUUCCGAGCCGUCGUGUUGACGUGACCACGCGUUGUACCUUCACCGAUCUCUUGGAAGUGAUGGCAGUCAAAACUUAAAGACUUCACGAACACCCUGGUAACCCCAUAUUUCUGGGACAAUAAGAAUAUAAUGAAAUUUUGUUGAAAUUAUUACAGAAACACUAUUGAAAUUAGUAACAAAUUUGUGUGUUCCAACGCUCGUAUAACGGACUGUGUUCCGAGGUAUCGUUUGAAACGAUGCCUACAGCCACCUUUUAUCAUCGCACCGCUCGCCAUCGACAGGAAUUCAUCCUCACAAGUUUGAACCUAAAUGGUCUCGUACAGUGCGGUUUCAGAGAAAUUUUCUUCUACGAACACUUAGGCUAUGGAAUGUGCUCCUUACCUAAGAUCUCCCUAGAGACUUCAGUAUGGGGUUCUUCAAAAAGGGUAUGCUAAGGUUUCUUUAGCUAUUAUAGCCCCUAAUAUAGCAGGCGUCCAUAGACUACAGUGACCGUUUACCAUCAGAUGGACUGUAUGCUUGUGUCACCUUUGUGGUAUAAAAAAAAAUGGAAAUCUUUUUACUUAGCCACUAACUACGCUUGAAGAAAGAUUCUGAUGAGUCUCGUAGUUGAAGGACAGAAAGAAACAAGUAAUCACCAGACCUCACCAGAGGGAGACUUUGUACAAAAGUCGUUUGCUUGGGUACCUCUGUCCCAUUCGUAUUUCAACCGUAAAGCAGUUGUGUUUGCAUGGCUGUGUUUCGGUUUGAACGGUGGGAUAUGGCGGUGAAUUUACAGGGUACAGAGAAAUAACAUCUGUGUUCUCAGAAAUGGCAACGCAUGGGGGUAUUAUGGGCGAAACAGCAUACUCUGUUAUGUCCAUGGUACUGCUCAUAUCUAUAGGCGACGGUUAUCAUUUUCCAUCAGGUGGGCCGUCAGCUUGUUUAAAAGAGGUAACGGAAUAGGUCUUUUUUUAAUGGAUGACUAAUGGAGUGGUAACCCCGCCUGUGCUAUCGGUAUACACUAGCGGGACACCAGUGAGGGAUGAUAGGUGAGGAUGAAGCAGGUCAGUUAGCCCAUCAUGACGAAUUCAAUGAUAAAUUAAUCACAAUGGUUUCCAGGGGAAACCGCGUCGGGGUCGCAGCGAGGUCGACCUGGUAUAAUAUACCCAUUGAGGGGGGGGGGGGGGGGGAAGGGAUUGCUGGUAAUGCGAAUUACCAGUUACAUUGCUAGUAAUAUACCCUGUCAGGUCGACGUCCACGUGGUUCCCCCUGGUAACCAUCGUGCUGAAUUCCAGAUGUUCAUCACAAUAGGCUAACUGAUCUGCGUUUUCAUUCUCGCCUAUCAUCUCUAACUGGUGCUCCGCCAGCGUAUACCAUUAGCGCAAGCUACCAUUUACCAUUCCAUUCCAUUAUAAUUCAUUAAAAAAAAGAUAGGGUAUAUUGCAAGCAAUGGGGACUAAUCUCCCCAUUACUAACAAUCCCUUCCCCUAGCGGAAUAGGUCGCUACAAUGCGUAUUAAAUAAUUAGUCAUUGAUUGGCCAAGUAGUAGAGGGUAAUGUGUUUAAAAGUGUUUGUCACUCCGGAAGCAUUUAUUUUUAAGCCAAUAUGAACAUAUCGAAAUAAUUUUUUUUUUCACAAUUGUUUAUUAACAUAUUGUAUAGUUUUUUAUUGUAUAAGGUUUAUUAAUGUAUGUAUAUUUUGUACAAAUACAGUUUUUUUUUUAAAUUUUGUAAGUACUUAUUUUUAAGUUCGUAACUGUUAAAUUUUUUUUUACAAAUAAGUAAUUUAUUGUUUUAAUGUAGAUUGUAUAUUGAACGUUUUGAUAUCUAUUUUUAUUAAAGUAUUUUUACAAUAUGUUUUCUUUUUUUUAUUUAUUUUUACUAUUGGAGAGUUCGAGUGCCAAUUUUCCCAAAAAAAAAAAAAGAUCUAAGCUUUAAAAAAAGUGCUAAUUAUUUUUUUUUUGCAAUAUAUUAUAAUGGAAUGGUAACCCUACCUGCGCUAACGGUAUACGCUGGCAGAGUACCAGUGAGGUAUUUAUAGGCGAUGAUGAAAGCAGGUCAGUUAACCUAUCCUGAAGAAUUCACCUGAAAAUAAGCACGAUGGUUUCCAGGGGGACUGCGUGGAGGGCAAGCUGAUAGGGUAUAUUGUUAGCAAUGGGGUUCCUGGUCCUCUUUACUAAUCUCUUCCUCCCAGCGUGCGUGCGUGCAUGCAUGCAUGCGUGUGUUCAUGCGUGCAUGCGUGCGUGCGUGAUUGCGUGCGUGCAUGCGUGCGUGCGUGCGUGUGAUUGAGCGUGCGUGCGUGCGAGUGUGCGUGUGUCUCCCCAGUGCAUUUAUUUACUUAUUUAUAUGUACAAGGUGAAGUUGAAAUGAUUAGCAAAUUUUUAAGGGAGUGUGUUACCUAACUAGAUAUUAUUAUAAUAUUUUUAGAUAUACUUACGUAGUUGAAGCGAAAGAGGUUUGUUGGAACUGAAACAUUUGUCGUUCCAUUGUUUCUGCCUACCCUAAAGGGAGACAGGCGUUACAGAUACGUAUUUAUUUAUUUAUUCAUUAGUACAAAUAUGUGUACAUGGCGGACUUAAUGCUAAAAGCAUUCUCUCCCAGUCAACCAUAGGGAAGUGUCAGAAUACUCGAAUGCGGUACUACUAAUUAUUGAUAUACAUACAUACUAAAAUUACAUAUAUAAACGAAUAAAUAUAUAUAAAUAACAAAUAUACUUACACAUAUAUGACAUAUACUAUAUUAUACACGAAAUUGAGAAUAAUAUAAAGUACUUACUUACGUAUGUAUGUAUGUAUUUACGUAGUUAUUUUAGAAUUUUUACACAGAUCUUAUUGGGAUAUAUUUUGGGGAUACAAUGCGAUGAGAUUUCAGAAAAACAAUUAUUCUUACUUACACGUACGUUACAUAUCUGAUU